CCCGGCGCGCCCCCGGCCGGCGCGCGGCGGGCGGAAGUGAGGUCGUGGGUUGCGGUGUCUGCGCAGCGUCGGCGGUAGCGCGGGCCGCGGCCAGGCGAGCGGGAGGCAGCGCAAGGCCUCGCGGUCGGCCGCCUCUGAGCGUCGUGUGGGCACUGCCCGUCGCCGAGCCACACGCCGUGCCGGCUCGGGCCGGCGCGCGCCGGUCCCGGAGGCGCAGGCUACGUUCUUGAAAUCAUGAAUCCUGUUUAUAGUCCUGGAUCUUCUGGGGUUCCCUAUGCAAAUGCCAAAGGAAUUGGAUAUCCAGCUGGUUUUCCUGUGGGCUACGCAGCAGCUCCUGCCUAUUCCCCUAACAUGUACCCCGGAGCAAAUCCUACCUUCCAAACAGCGCUGGAGCUUGAACCCAGGGUCUUGCACAUGCUAGGCUACACUCCUGGUACACCUUACAAAGUGUCCUGUUCCCCAACCAGCGGAGCUGUGCCACCAUACUCCUCCUCCCCCAACCCCUACCAGACGGCCGUGUACCCGGUGAGAAGUGCCUACCCCCAGCAGAGCCCGUAUGCCCAGUUGUCUCUGUUUUCCCCACAGCAAGGCACCUACUAUACACAGCCUCUGUAUGCAGCACCCCCUCACGUCAUUCACCACACCACAGUGGUGCAGCCCAAUGGCAUGCCAGCAACUGUCUACCCUGCUCCCAUCCCUCCUCCUAGAGGCAGCGGGGUCACCAUGGGCAUGGUUGCUGGAACCACAAUGGCCAUGUCAGCAGGUACCCUGCUGACUGCUCAUUCUCCAACUCCUGUAGCCCCUCACCCAGUCACUGUCCCCACAUACCGAGCCCCAGGAACACCCACCUACAGCUAUGUGCCCCCUCAGUGGUGAUUACCCUGCAAAUUCUUGUUUGAGGAUGGAGCUGUGCAGUCACUUCAUUGAGUUCCACAGCUGGUGCUGCAGGCCUUGUGCCUCCAACCAGGACUUUAUUCUUAAUGCUCUCGACACUUAGCUAAACACGACUGCGUCCCAGCCCAGCAGGCCCCAGCUCGCUAGUCUCCAAGUAACUCUGGGCGUUGGUUUUAAAGCAAAUCCUGUUUUGUGGACUGCCUGGCACAUUUUGUAGCUAACUGUAAUGAUAAAAAGGGAGUAUCACUCUAUUCUAAUCCUAUCUAGUUGAAUGCAUGUUUAUAAAAACAAACACAGAAACAAAGCUUGCUCAAUCUACCUGCAGUGACUGAUGCAAAACCAUCAUAUGCAAAAUCCAAAGGACUGGACCAUGUUCUACAGCCUGUGCCACUCAUGCACUGUUGUGAUGUGUGCUGAGUCUCCAAGUUACACGUGUGCACGUGAAUGUCCUCAAGAAGCAUCGAGUACUGGAGGGGAUUCCUGGGGUGAUGAGGGUUGCCAGUUAGGGACACAGGCUUGUAGUUUUCAGCAACCUGUUUUCUUUUUGGCACUGACUAACCUGGAGGGAGCUGCAGGGACUGGGAGAGUGUGAGUCUGGUGGCACCAGAGCAGCAGCAGCAGGUAUAGUAGGCCCCCUCCUUCAUUUCAGCUGGAGUAGGGAUAUACCUGACGCCUAUCAGGAAAUAGAGCUGGGUGGCCAAUACAGCUGGGAUGAAGGGUGGUCUGUGUGUCAGUGGGGCAGUGUCUCUGCCAUCUGAAUUUCCACUGUAUGUCUUACAGGACAAUGUUUUGUGUCUCUGUUGAGAAAGUCCAGUGUAGAACUGAACUAUCUUCCUAGGAGGGAAGCUGUCAGAGAGGGGCAGCCACACUGAGGUGUCUUUUGCUCUGUUUCACUUAGGGAACCAUCCCUUCUUUCCCCUGGAGAAAUAAUUGAGUCUGCUAAAAACACAAAGAAGGGCAGAGACUUCAGCUGUGUGCUGUGGAGAAUGUUGUAUAUUUAAGACUGGUUAAAAGGGAAUAAGUGUAUUUUUAAGUUAGUUCCUCGUGUUUCUUGUAGAGAAGCAGGGCUGUGAUUAUGUCUAAAAAUGUAGAAGUAAUGUAGCUUGUCCCAAGGUCAUUCACCUGAUGAUGACCUGUCCUCUGUCUAGCUGGGGUGGGGCCUAGAAAGCCUGCAUAAAUGCCCUUGUGAGCCUCUUCUGCCAUCUUUUUGUGUGGCUAACGGCACUCAGCACCAAGCACAUGUGGAGAGUGGAAAGGGCCAGGCAGCUUUGGACCGCACUUGCCUGUUCAGAUCUGUUGUGGGAAAGAUUUUUGAGAGUGUAAUCUGAGUAUGUACAUAAGAAAUCAAGAAAGUUCUUUUUGCCUGUAUAUGCCCAACUUGAAUCUGUGAGAGUUUCUGUUCAGUGAGGGUCAGAAGGGCAAGGCAUGAGGACCACUCUGGAGUCUGUCAAGUGGGGGGUGUGUUUUGGUUUUUCCCCAUUGAAGUGCUGGGGUUUUGGUUGGAAGGGUGCUUGUCUCUGGCAGCUAGGUCAGGGCUUCCAUGUUGGUGUGGAGGUUGCCUCAUUAGCAGUCAACUUGGCUAGAGGGUGGGUCAUCUGAACAUUGAGCCUUUGGAAACCUUAUUUUUAUAGUAGUGCUCUUCAUAAUUUGUUUUUAGCAUUUUAUUUUUUAAGAAGUUUUGGAAAAUUUCUGCAUGGAUCAAUGUAAACAGAAGAGUUCUCAUUCCUAACGUCCAUGAACAUAGAAUGUUUAGGAUGGGUAUGUUUAAUUGCCUCAUGAGCACUUAACUCUGUGUGUGUGUGUGUGUGUGUGUGUGUGUGUGUGUGUGUGUGUGU